CCCAUAUCCAUAUCCUACUGCUCUUUCUCACGUCUCUAUAUCUCAAACCCUCCCUCGAGCACUCCUUCCACACCGAGUGCUACCCUAUGACUUCCUCCCAAACUCUAGGUCCCGCCCGCGACAGCCAGUACCCCUGCUAGUGCGUGCGGCUUAACAUUUUUUUCCUGCAUUGGCCAACCAACCAACCUUCAUCCCGCCGCCGCCGCGCACAGCACAGCAUCGCAACCGCAUCCACCACACUCCUCCAACCGCCACAAUGGCCCCCAAAAAGACUCUCACGCUGAACGAGCAGCUCGCGCUGCUUGACGAUCCUGCGCCGCGCGAUUUCGAUCCCGAAGGCCUCGACGAUGAGUUCUCUGCCGACGGCGAGGAGGCGCCUAGCGAUGAUGGUAGCGGCAGUGAGGAUGAGGACGACGACGAGGGCGUAGACCGUGCCCGCGAACACUACGUCGCCGUCGGAAAGAGCGCUCUGAGGAAGAAGGGUGCGCUCGCGCUCGCGCCGCUAGGGAAGAAGUAUGAGGGUGCGAGGGUUAGUAGGGAUAAACUCUACGAUUCUGAUGAGGAGGAGGAGGAUGAGGAUGAGGAGGAUGAUGAGGAUGAUAGUGGUGAGGAGGGCGUGGCUAUCGAGGACGUGAUGGAGGGGGAUAUUAAUUUUGGAGUUGGCAGUGAUGACGAUGAGAUUGAUAGCGAUGAUGCGCUGGGGAGUGAUGGCGGUGAUGAGGGACGGUUUGCGGGGUGGAAGUUCAGUGGUAGUGCGACGACGAAGGGGGGCAAGGUGCCGAAGAGGGGAGAUCAGGUUGCUGGUAGCGACAGUGAGGAGGAGGAGAGUGGAGAUGAGGAGGAGGAGAGUGGAGAGGAAGGCGAAUCUACAGGGGACGAUGAGGAAAGCGACAACGAGAGUCAAAGUGGUGACGAAGAGGACGGAAGCGAGGAGGAAGAUGAAGAUGAGGACGAGGAGGAAGAGGAGAAGCGACAGGCUCUGUCGAAGAUGAUGGCCGACGAGAAGAAGGCCAUCUCCGAGAACAUCACGAAAGCCGCCCAAAGCGACGCCGAAAAAGGUAUCGCUGUGCGACAGCAACAAAAGACCUUCGACUCUUUCCUUGGUGCCCGAAUCAAGCUACAGAAAGCCCUGACCGCGGUCAACUCUCUUCCUCCCACAAACCUCCAAGCAGCGCUUCCAGCUACACCCGAAGCGCAAGAGACAUGGAAAGCGGCGGAGGCGUCGGCUAUCAAGCUGUGGAAUACCCUUCACUCGCUCCGCGUCGAUAUCACCUCUUCCCGCACGCCGAACCUCAAGAAGCGGAAGGCGGAUGAGAUCGAUGAGGAUACCCCAAUAGCCGAAAUCUGGAAGAAGAUGGCCAGGUUGGAGACCGAGGUUACGCCCUGGCGAGAGGGCGUUCUGGAGAAGUGGUCCAACAAGACACAAACAGUAUCUACUGUUGGUGUCGGAAAGAAGCUCAACAACGCAACACCACGCUCGCUCACUGCGUCAAUUCGGGAAUCCCUCUCCACCGAUCACGAGCGCCUGAUAUCUCGUACCCGCACGCCCCGCUCUUGUGCGCCCAUCCAGGCAGCAAAUGACGAUAUCGAGCAAGAUCCCGAGAUCUUCGACGACACGGAUCUCUACCAGCAGCUGCUCAAGGCGCUUGUGGACCAACGUAUGGUCGACUCCUCAGCCGGAGGUGCGCUGCAGUGGACGGCGGCCAUGCGUGACGCCAAGAAAAAGAAGAAGGUGGAUACCAAAGCCAGCAAGGGACGCAAGCUCCGAUACCAUGUGCACGAGAAGCUGCAGAACUUUAUGGCGCCUGAUCCGAAUAAUGGAUGGCAGGAAACGCAGAUUACGGAGUUGUUCUCGAGCUUGCUCGGCCAACGUGUCAGGGUCGACGAGGACGAGGAUGAGGACGAGGAUAUGGAGGAUGUGGUUCCCGAUGAUGGUCUGAGACUGUUCCGGUAGAGAGUCCUCCGGAAAGUAGAUGCAGAUGCAGAUGCAGUCGAGGCCAAGAUCUGGGGAUGGGAGUACCCGCUGUCAUGUAGAUAAUUGUGACCAAAAGUUGGAGUUUGUUUAUUAGGGGAUCUAUACCAUCUGCAAAUGCAGGUACUCUAUCGACUUUGCUACCCC